GAUAAUUCCCCAUCAUUUCGUCGAAUGACUUCUUAGUACUAAUAUCACAGCAAAAGCAAGAAAAAUCCCAAGAAGAAACUCUUGUGUAGGAAUAGGAUUGCUUCCUACUAGAAGAUGAACCCGAACAGUGACAAGCUUGUCAGAAGGACAGCCAUGGUGGCCUCUGUAACUGCAUCUUAUUUCCUUCUCACUGCUGAUUAUGGCCCUGAACCUAAUGUUCUCGACCCAAUCAAGAAUGCAAUAUUGUCAGCAGAGCGUUCUGUGAAGGAGUUCAUCUUUGGACCAAGCAAGGGAAUUCAAGAAAAUGAAACCAAGAAAUUGGCCUCCAAUGCUGGAGAGAAACAUCCCUAGUUUGUUAUGUAUCAAAUCAAAAUCCAGCCUAUGUUUUUGAAGAUUUCUAUGGCAGAUAGCACUAAAAAAACAUGAAAGUUGAGCAGAGAUAAGCAAGCCUUCUUCACUUUGCUGGCUUAUCAAGCUGUAGACGUGACUAUUUUCAAUCAUGUACAUGUAGUAGAGAUAGUGUGUGUAGCAUAAGUGCUGAAACGCAAUUGGAAGCACAGAGACAUAAAAAGAGUAAAUGCGUUUGAGUUUGAAAUAUUUGCCAAUAUGAUCUCUCUUGCUGCAUAAAGCAUUGGAAAAUAAAGCUGUACGCCCCUUCUCAGAGCAGGAA